AUGGAACACGACACCAAGACUCCCAAGUGCGUCACCAGCGACCCCACGUCGUUUGCCCACGACUCGGUCCGGAACCGCUGGCCGGUUAUUCUGACUGGCGCCCUUGAUGACGUCCACCGCGCCGUUGGCCAGACCGACAACCCCGACAAGCAGGCCGAAGGCAAGAAGAUUAUCGAGCAGCUCGGAAAUCUCAAAUACGACGUCUUGCACGAUCGCGUCCUCACCCCCAUCGUCGACGAUGGCUAUCCCGACGAAGUUGCGCGCUACAACAAGGAGAUUGAGCAGCUCGGCAAUCCCACCUGGUUGAAUGUUCCUUGGCUAUUCUCCGAAUGCUACAUGUACAGACGCAUCAGCACCUUCUUUAGCCUCACAAAGCACUGGAAGGACUACGACGUUUUCGCCCGCCAAAAGAUGGACACCUUCCGCACCUCGCGCAACGCUGUCGUCGAGCUGGCCGCUCGCUACCGGGAGCUGGUCUCCCAACUACGCGCCGGCGCCGGCGCCGACGCCGACGCCACUCGCGACGAGGCAGCCGAGAAGCUGCUCUUCAGCGAAAUGUUCGAGAUUUGCCUUUGGGGCAACGCCACAGACCUGUCCCUGCUGACAAACCUCACCUACGAGGAUAUCCAGAAGCUCCAGGGCAGUGAAGCUCGCAAGGCCGCCGAAAAGAACAUCUUGAUCAAUGACUUGCCUGCCGCCUAUGACCUCCUCAAGAAGGCCCGUGACGAGGGCAGCAAGGAGCGCCGCGUCGACUUUGUCCUGGACAACUCCGGGUUCGAGCUCUACGUCGAUCUCGCCCUGGCAGGCUUCCUCUUGACCUCUGGGCUGGCAACGCAGGUUAUUCUCCGCCCCAAGUCCAUCCCCUGGUUCGUUUCCGACGUUCUGCCUGCCGACUUUGGCCUGCUCCUCAACGCCCUUGCCAACCCCAGGGCUUUCUUCGAGACGCAGUCGGAAGACGACAGGUUGCAGGGAAAAACCCCCGCUCCGCUGGCUGACAAGGACGCCGACGACCUCGUCUUCGUCUUCCAGGACUGGGCUAGGCUCCACGCCGAGGGCCAGCUGGUGAUGCGGCCCAACCGCUACUGGACCGCCGGCGGCAGCUUCUGGCGCUUGCCGAGCGAGGCCCCGGAGCUGCACGAGGACCUCAAGGGCGCCGACCUUGUCAUUUUCAAGGGCGAUCUCAACUACCGCAAACUCACCGGCGACGCGCGGUGGGACCCCACCACUCCAUGGACCGCGGCCCUCGGGCCCAUGGGCCCCGGAUCCGGCGUCAACGUUCUCUCGCUGCGAACAUGCAAGGCCGACGUUGUUGUCGGCCUGCCCCCGGGAAAGGACGAGGAGCUGCGGGCUACCGAGAACGGCGGUGGCAACUCUGGCGCCAGACGAUGGGCCUUUUACGGCAAGUGGGCUGUUGUCUGUCUAUCAAGGGGAUCGUGA